AAACUGUCUGUCCUCUCCUUCCUUACAUACACCAUUCAUCUCCCUCCCUCCCUCUCAAAUGCUUAAAUCAGUUUCAUCAUAUCUAAGUGAAGCUUGUACCAAUGAAUUUUCAUAAUUAUCAUAAUACAUAUCUCUUCCUCGUCUUCUUCUCCACUCUGUUCCUCCUUCCAUUUUCAUCUUUUUCUCAAGUAAACGGCACUGUUCAGGUGGGCUCAUUCAUGACAGCAACAGAGGAUACUACUCCAUGGCUUUCACCUUCUUCUGAUUUUGCAUUUGGGUUUAGUCAACUCAAAGACAAGAACCUAUUCUUGCUUGCAAUUUGGUAUAACAAAAUACCAGACAAAACCAUCAUCUGGUACGCGAAUGAUGGACAACCCGUUAGUCAAAGAUCAAGACUAGAGCUUUCAGCACAAGGUGGCCUAAACCUGUAUGAUCCUCAAGGAAGGUCUAUCUGGUCAUCUGUUGGUAUAACCGAAGAAGUCGCCUAUAGUUUUAUGAAUGAUACGGGUAAUUUCGUGUUGAUUCGUACGGGUUCCAGCACAGCAGUAUGGGAGAGUUUCAAAAACCCAACUGACACCAUUGUUUCAACGCAAAUAAUUGAAUCUGAUGGUGUAUUAUUCUCGAAACAAUCGGAGAAUAAUUUCUCAAAAGGACACUUUCAACUUCGGCUCCUUAGAGAUGGGAACCUCGUACUUAAUAUCCGUGAUAUUGUCACAAACUAUGCGUAUGAUGCCUACUAUAUAAGUGGCACAUAUGAUCCUUCUAACUCAUCAAAUUCUGGCUUCCAGGUGAUAUAUGAUUCCACAGGCUACAUGUUCAUACGAAGAAGAAAUGGACAACGAUCAGAUCUUACUCCCAACAGUUUGAUUAUGCCUCCAGACAGUUAUUAUCGGGCGACUCUUGGUUUUGAUGGGGUUUUUACUCAAUAUCACCAUCCUAAAAGCUUCACUGGAAAUCCAAAUUGGACUCCUAUUUGGUCCAAGCCGGAUAAUAUUUGUCUUAAUAUUAAUGGGGUGAAGGGAAUCGGAGCUUGUGGGUAUAAUAAUGUAUGCACGCUAGGUGACAACAAGCGGCCAGUUUGCGAAUGUCCCAUCGGUUUCUCCUUGAUUGAUCCCAAUAAUACUUAUGGUAGCUGCAAACCGAGUUUCACAUCAAGUUGUCGAGAUGAGGAGCUGGAGGUCGAUUCUUUGAAAGAUGUAUACGAUUUCCAGGAGCUGUUAGACACGGAUUGGCCUACUUCUGAUUACCGACAAUUGAAUCCAUCUAGUGAACAACUAUGCAGAGAGUCAUGCUUGCAAGAUUGUUUCUGUGCUGUUGCAAUUUUUAGAGUUGAUACUUGUUGGAUGAAGAAGCUUCCACUCUCAAAUGGGAGAAAGGAUCAAAAUCUAAAUGGAAAGGCUCUUAUUAAGUAUAGAAAAGGCAGCCUUCCUCCGUUGGCACCUCCAUCCACGAUGAUUACGAACCAGAUUCAGAAACAGGGGCAAUGGACUAUAAUUCUUGUUGGGUCGGUUCUCUUAGGAACAUCUUUUUUCAUCAUCUUUUGCUUAGGAUUCUUCAUAGUUUACAAGAAGAAGAAAUACAUUCAAACCACCACUGCCGAAACCAUUGCCGGAGGGAAUCAACGUUGUUUUCAAUAUAGAGAGCUUUUGGAAGCAACUGACGGGUUCAAGGAGGAGAUUGGAAGAGGAGCGUUUGGCACGGUAUACAAAGGGGUAAUGCAAAACACACUUACAAGGACCACAAUUGCUGUCAAGAAGCUUGAUAGCAUUGUCAUCCAAGACAAAGAGAAGGAAUUUAGGACCGAGGUGAACACCAUUAGCCAAACAUACCACAAGAAUCUUGUCCGACUUCUUGGGUUCUGCGACGAGGGACAACAUAGGAUGUUGGUUUAUGAGUUCAUGAGCAAAGGAAGCUUGGCGAGCCUUCUUUUUGGAAACGAGAAGUUGAGCUGGUCGUUGAGGACUGAAAUGGCUAUAGGAGUUGCUAGAGGACUUGUGUAUUUACAUGAUGAAUGCAUUACUCAAAUAAUACACUGUGACAUAAAACCUCAGAACAUACUGCUUGACGAGAACUACAAUGCUAGGAUUUCGGAUUUUGGUUUGGCAAAAUUAUUGGUGAUCAACCAGAGCAAGACCAAUACUGGGAUUCGUGGUACAAAAGGUUAUGUUGCUCCGGAAUGGUUUAGGAAUGUACCCAUAUCGGCCAAGGUUGACGUUUAUAGUUUUGGCGUAUUGCUUUGCGAGUUAAUCACAUGUCGAAGGAGCUUGGAAGAUGUCAUGGAAGACAAACCGAUCCUCACCGAAUGGGUGUAUGAUUGCUACAUUGAAAGGAAAUUAGAGUCAUUGGUUCGGAAUGAUGAGGCUGCAUUGGUUGAUAACAAGACGUUGAAGAGUUUUGUGAUGGUUGCCAUUUGGUGCAUACAAGAAGACUCUUCUAUUAGGCCGUCAAUGAGAAAGGUUUCUCAAAUGCUUGAAGGAAUUGUCCAAGUACCCAUUCCUCCAUGUCCAUAUUGGUCAACCAACUAAUGUUUAUUUAAUAAGAUGGUGCUUCAAGGAAUGCCCUUUUGUUAUGCCAAGAAAAUAAUUUUCCUUGAAUCUUCAAAAUAAAAUUAUCUAUUCAUAAUAGAUAAUGGUGUUAUAACAAGUGUCAUUAGAUACAUAUGAAUUGGACUAAAGGUUGAUUUCA